AAACUUUAUGAAAGAAAACAUGGUCGCCGUGGGUCUGUCAAAAGGUUUUUUAUAAAUGAAAACUAAGAUCGUCUCAUGAAUUUGCACCUAAUUCAAGCAGCAUCAGGCGGUGAUCUUGUACCGUAAACGAAGAGUGAUUCUAUCCAUCUGCCGCAAGGGACAUGAUCCAUUACGGACACAGAACGCGGUGUACGGUGUGAAUGGAAAAGUUCUGGCCGAAAGGCAGCAAUUGAGUGCAGUGAAAAGCGGAGACAGUAGUGUGACCGUGUGUGCCCAUUGCCCACCUUUCCUUUCCUGGUCUGGUGAACCUGUUCGCUGGUUCGACCGUACAGCCGAAGGAGCGACGUUCGCAAAACCAAAGGUCCUCAGGUUUUUCGACCGCCGUGUGAAAAGGUACAUGCAACUGGAUUUGGCAUCAUCGGCCAGACGUGAGGGGUCGAAAAAUACAGGCACCGCAGUCAUCUACGGUCGUUUCACAAUUCUUGGAUUUUGCUAGCGGAUAUAGAAUCUUCAGCGCAAUAUAAGGAUAGCUCGUUUGUUACGCGCGUGCCUACCUUGAGUGUACGCUUCCUGGCGUGAAAGUUUCCUUGUAAGAAUUCGGCAGCCACAGGAAUCAUUUAAAGUUGGCUGCUAUCGAUGACGCGUAAAACAUGUAUCGGUUUAUGAUUAGACACAAUAUCCGGCAUGAUCAUAAGUUGGGAAGAGCGCCAUGAGAUGAUAUUUUGAUCCGUUUCCAGUGGUGAUGCUUUAUUGACACUGUCUGUAUGCUGAGAGGACCUUAAGGUGAUAAUCGUGAAGUGUUUCCUUUCCGUGAAUCAAUCAAAACGUGUGGUUUUCCCUACAAAAGAGUUUAAAAAAAGUAAUAAAACAUAAGGUAACAAUAGCGUCUUGUAGGUAUAUUGCAACGGAAAAAAUAAAUUAAAUCGAAGCAUUCGUCGUUCUCCACGGUAACGAUUGUUCUGAUAAUGAGGCAACAUCUUGCUUACAAAGCUCCUGAGCACCUACCGACAAUGUGCAUAUUUCCGUUCCACUAAGAAAGGUUCCGUUUCCGGUGUAACUUAGCGUAGGCGUACAGUUUAAGUGAGUGCAUGAAACCGUGAUCAUUGUUUGGUUUGCGCCGCGUCACGAUCGGUGAAUGCUGUGGUAAUUUCUCCACAAAAGCCUUCCCCAGAGUAACUUCGAAACACUUUGGUGGAUCACAUUGGUUAAAGUGGAAUUAUACGUGGUACAAAGUGAAUUAGUGAACUUCGAAAUAAAGACGCCCAACUCACGAUCAAUACCGUUAACAUUUGGUGCAUUCUGGAAUAGGUGUAACACGCCAACAAUUCGCCAAAAUGAGUCGUGUAUCAACACAGAAAAAGGAAGGCAAAAUGAGGAUCCGUGCCUUUCCGAUGACAAUGGAUGAGAAGUAUGUGGAGUCGAUUUGGUCGUUGUUGAAAAGCGCUAUACAGGAAAUCCAGAAAAAGAACAACUCGGGCCUUUCGUUUGAGGAGCUGUACAGAAAUGCGUACACGAUGGUUCUGCACAAACAUGGAGAGCGGUUGUACAGUGGUUUAAAGGAGGUCGUCACACACCAUUUGGAGUCGAAGGUACGCGAGGAGGUGCUGCGCAGCUUCAACUGCAGCUUCUUACAGACACUGAACCAGUGCUGGAACGACCACCAGACGUCGAUGGUGAUGAUACGGGACAUAUUGAUGUACAUGGAUCGUGUUUACGUGCAACAGAACGAUGUGGACAACGUGUACAACCUUGGCUUGAACAUUUUCCGCGAUCAGGUUGUUCGUUAUCCACGCAUACGAGAUCACAUGCGAGAGACCCUGCUGAAUAUGGUAAUGUGCGAACGGAAGGGUGAAGCGAUCGAUCAUAUUGCGAUCAAGAACGCAUGCCAGAUGCUGAUGGUGCUCGGUAUCAACCAGCGCUGGGUGUACGAGGAAGACUUUGAGCGGCCGUUCCUCACGCAGUCGGCCGCAUUCUACAAGCUCGAGUCGCAAAAGUUUCUCGCCGAAAACAGUGCGAGCGUUUACAUUCGGCGGGUGGAGGCACGCAUUACGGAGGAGGCGGAACGGGCCAAGCUGUACCUGGACGAAAGCACCGAAAGCCGUAUCGUGGAGGUGGUAGAGGAUGAGCUGAUUAAGAAGCAUAUGCGCACGAUUGUCGAGAUGGAAAACUCGGGCGUUGUGUACAUGUUGCAAAACACAAAGACCGAAGAUUUGGCCUGCAUGCACAAGCUGUUCUCGCGCGUUAGCGGUGGCCUUAAGACGAUCGCCGACUGUGUAUCCCAGAAUCUGCGCUCGCUUGGUCGGGAUUUGGUUAAGGAGGAAGAAAACGGUAGCACGAAUCCGAUCACCUUCGUGCAGAACCUGCUAGAUUUGAAGGAUCGUUCGGAUCACUUCCUGUAUCACUCGUUCAAUAACGAUAAAACAUUCAAGAACAUGAUAUCGUCCGAUUUUGAACACUUCCUUAAUCUCAACAGCAAAUCACCCGAGUAUCUGUCACUGUUUAUCGACGACAAGUUGAAAAAGGGUUGCAAAGGGAUGUCCGAGCAAGAAAUUGAAACCAUACUUGAUAAAACGAUGGUAUUAUUCAGAUAUUUGCAAGAGAAGGAUGUGUUCGAACGGUACUAUAAGGCUCAUUUGGCGAAGCGGCUGUUGCUGAACAAAUCCGUAAGCGAUGAUUCUGAGAAGAACAUGAUAUCAAAAUUAAAGGCUGAAUGCGGUUGUCAAUUUACCUCAAAAUUGGAAGGAAUGUUUAAGGAUAUGUCCGUUUCCAACACGGUAAUGGAGGAGUUCAAAAAUCACAUCAACAACGACAAUUCGGCACUGGAAGGCGUAGAAUUGACGGUCCGAAUUCUUACGACAGGAUUUUGGCCAACACAGUCGGUAACGCCAAAUUGCAACAUACCACCAGCACCACGGAAGGCCUUCGAAACGUUUAAAAGAUUCUAUCUGGCCAAACAUUCAGGGCGUCAGUUGACAUUGCAGCCACAGUUAGGAACGGUGUACAUGAACGCCGAAUUUUACGGUGUCAAGGCCGAAAAGGAAAAAGCGGAAGGAAACUGUAGCAGCACGGCACCGUCUUCCGGAAGCAGUAGUGCGCCGGCUGUUGGGGCUGCUUCGCAGGACGCUCCUAAACGACAUGUGCUUCAAUUAUCGACGUAUCAGAUGUGUGUGUUGAUGCUGUUUAACAACCGCGAACGAAUGACGUAUGAAGACAUUCAACAAGAGACAGACAUCCCUAGCAAAGAUCUGAUCCGCGCUCUGCAGUCUCUUUCGAUGGGAAAACAACAGCAGCGGCUUCUGGUUCGAACACCGAAGACGUCUAAGGAUAUCGUCUCGACGGACGAAUUCUACGUCAACGAUGCGUUUGUGUCGAAAUUUCACAAAGUUAAAAUUCAAACUGUCGCAGCCAAGGGUGAAUCGGAACCGGAACGUAAGGAAACCCGGAUCAAGGUUGACGAAGAUCGCAAGCAUGAAAUCGAAGCCGCUAUCGUGCGCAUCAUGAAGGCGCGAAAGAGGAUGCCUCACAAUCUUCUCGUAUCUGAUGUGACAACACAGUUGAAGAGCCGUUUCCUGCCGUCUCCGGUGAUAAUUAAGAAAAGAAUAGAGGGCUUAAUCGAGCGUGAAUAUCUCGCCCGCACGCCCGAAGAUAGAAAAAUCUAUGUGUAUCUAGCUUAAACAGAAGGCAAAUUAAAUCGUCGAAUAGAAAGAGAGCAUGAGUAUAUAUAAAUACAAAGAUCGAUAUCGACAGUGCAACCGACAGUCGUAACAGCAUAGUAAACUGCAAAACAGUACUAAUAACAGUAAACAGGUACGUUCUCUAUCUCACGCCAACAGGGCGAUCGAUCACGAUAUGCUGUCAAAAAAAAGGAAAUGUGAAAGGGAAAAGUAGUAAAUUCGAUGCUACGGCUCUCUACGUGCAUUCGCGAAUGACCUACGUCUAGCAAUGAAACUAUUAUCACACAGCUAGGAAACGAGAAUGUUCAAGAGCAAAGAGCAAAACCUUUUGCUAGCAAAAGAAUUGAAUUAAUUUGUUUUCCAUCUGUGAAAGAUACAACUGAUUUACGCAAGUUAAAACAAAUCACUUAUUGUCAAAUGAGCAUGAGCUUGAAAGAGAUUAAAAUGACAAACACUCUCAUAUUAUCAUUGUUAGUGAUGAAUACAGGACGAAUGUUUGUGAGGUGGAAUUUUGGUUGAUUGUAGGAAAAAUUGUUCUGACGGCAUCUUUGUAGCGAAGCGUUAGGAGGACUCCUUUCAAUGCAGUACAUUGGUGUACCACCAGAUGAUUUGUUCGUUCCGAAUGCUAUCAUUCUGUAUUGUAUGUAAUUUUUGAAUGAUCUGCUUGAUGAAAAGGAUUCGUUCGUGAAACAUUAAUAAUAAAUCGUGUUAAUGUGUUUCUUGUGCAGAACACACGGCAUUGUA